CUCGGAACUACACUUUCAUUCUAUCAAAGGUAUUUCUCCUCUUCAUGAUCCUCCGUCUUUAUAUCGCAUCGAGUUGGUCUCGUAAAUCGCGCUCAAUGAAGUUCUGCUCCCUUUCGGUUUGUCCGUGAUUUGAGGGCAACGGAGUGGACGCAUCGCUCGAUGCAUACAUCAUCUUUGUUCAGAUCUCACCUUGGGCGUUCCCUCAAAUACCUUAAUGUAACAGGUCAUACCACAACACGGAGCAGGAUCAAGCUCAAUGUGCCACGAUGUCACCAAACCAGGACUCUCAAUAUAGGGACUGGAUGGGGUACUUUGACUAAAAAGGUCGGCAUUCCUACCAUCAGAAAACAGUUAGUCAGAGGUCGACGUAGAGGGAAAGUAAAGACGCCAUUCGGGACAGAGCUUACUACUACUGCUCACGACGAUGCAGACCCGGGUGCUCAGGACGGAAAUUCUGUGUACGAACCUGUCAACCCCUUAGAGCAGGUCUCCAGUACCACGGGCGUCCGCCAACCGCUCAUCUCACCAAUCCUCGUUCGCGAUGCCUGUAAAUGCUCGCAGUGCAUCGACUCAUCCGACAAACAACGCAACUUCUCCUACUCCGACAUACCAUCCGACACAUCAUUUCGCGAUGUACAACUCGACGAGAAGACAGGCAUCGUCAAAGUCCGCUGGAACAAUGACAUCCCCUCCGCCUCCCCCGACCAUACAAGUACAUUCGACCACGAGACCAUAGCCAACUUAACAGCCAUCUACCGCCACCAGCAGCGCUACAAGCUCACCAAGCGACCUCUCAGGCUCUGGGACCAAAAGUCCUUCCAGCGAGAUACCAGCCGCAUCGACUUUAACGACUAUAUGACACAUGGCCCCACCUUCGCCAACGCAAUGCACCUCCUCUGGCGCGACGGCCUACUCUUCCUCGAUGGAGUCCCCGAGACCGAAGACUCUGUCGCACAAAUCGUCAAUCGCAUCGGUCCGUUACAACAGACCUUCUACGGCCCAACAUGGGAUGUAAGGUCCGUUCCCAACGCCAAAAACGUCGCCUACACCUCUAAAUAUCUCAGCUUCCACAUGGAUCUGCUAUAUAUGCGCGAUCCGCCGGGCUUCCAAUUCUUGCACUGCGUCCACAACACCUGCGAAGGAGGCGAGUCGCGCUUCGCCGACACAUUCAAGGCUCUCGACCAACUCAUCUCCGAGUAUGGCACCGAGUACUUCGACGCACUGCGCAAUUUCCUCAUCCGCUACGAGUACGACAACGACGGCUUCUUCUACUCGGACCAAAAACCCACGGUAAUGGACCGGGGAAAGGUUGACGAACCGCCCCGCCAGAUCAUGUUCGCCCAGCACGAACAGCUGAUCCGAGAUGUCGGCCGCGUCUUCUGGUCGCCUCCUUUCGUCGGCUAUAUAGAGCCACAGGCGAGCGAAAAGGAGCACGCCCUGUUCGUCAAGGCGAGCAAAGCCUUCUCCGACAUCAUGGAGCAGCAACAAAACGUGGUCGAAGAGAAAAUGGAUAGCGGCACCUGCGUCAUCUUCGACAAUCUCCGUGUAGUGCAUGCGCGGAACGCCUUUAACAUGAACUCCGGCAAACGGUGGCUGCGCGGCGCCUACCUCAACCGCCAGGACUUUAUCAGCAAGGCCGUCUCCGUCGUUGAUGACAUGCCCAUGAUGCGCAAGGGAAGGUUCUAUCAAUUUAUCCCAAACCCAGAGGGUGAGGCUGAUGCAGACACCACUCCUAUUUCAGGGAAGUUGCCUGCAUAGUGGCAACACGCUGUUCGGCCUUCUUGUGUUGUAUCGUGGUUUUAGAAGCGAUGAUCUGCAUAGCAGCUACGUAGCGAUUGUGCUCACGAGCAUUCCGAAUAUAACUGUCUUUUGUAUUACCACUUAUGACGAGUGAUCGCUAUGUAGAGACCCGUUGCAUACCAUGACGCCGGCAUUGUUGAAGUCUCAUAGAGCUCGUCAUCCCCAUGCAGGUCGUCAU